CGGGGGGGCAACAUGCCUUAAGCAUUUUGUCAACUCCCCCUGAAAUCGUGCAUGUUUUUUACAAAAAGGACUAGCACUACUUACAGAAAAAUGAUUUAUUUAUAGGUUAUUAUAAUGUGGAACUUUGGUGUCAACAGUGCUCACCAUUUUGGUUAAGUAAGGGAAUAGUUAUGGAAUUUACCAUGUGUGUAUAAAAGCGUCUUAUAUGAAUUAAAAAUUGUCGAAGCAUACGGCAGGUUGAACUAAACGUAACGGCUUACGCUAUGUUUUUGUAUUUUCUGGCAUGGGUUGCAUCUCUCAUUCAAGUCGUUCUUGUUACGGUAGCUUUGGCUUCUACUCUUUAUUAUCUGGCUGAGCUUGUUGAGGAAUAUACUGUGGUGAUGAGUAAGGUUAUCAGAAUCACAAUUGCUAUUGUCUCUGUGGCAUACAUUGGUCUUUACAUCAUCGACAACUUUCCUUGGUUCAUUGUAUUGUUUGGUUUGAUUCAAAGCGUGUCAUAUUUCUUCUUGCUCAGUGACUUUCCAUAUAUAACCGUCAAAUCUCCGUUUUUUCUUCUUGGUUGUGUUUGUUUUGUUGUAAACCAUUACUUGGCAUUUCAGUUUUUCGGAAACGAAUAUCACGCUUUUUCAGAGACACUCGGAUAUUUCAUGAUUUGUCUUUGGAGUCUGCCAUUUGAAUUCUUAAUCUGUCUUUCUAUUAAUGACAAUGUCCUACCUACUGCAACGGCAACGCCGCAGGAUCAUAACAUUGAUCAUUCUUUGAUUUAUGCUGGUCAAACGACGCGUCGUCCACGACAAUCGGCAUUCCUUCAGAACCUACGAACACAUUGGGACAAUUUAUUUUCUGGUGAUUCACAUCAUAAGUUUUAAAAUAGGGACAAUUUUCUUUUUUGACCAACGAGUAUUUUUGUCUGAAGGAAAAUGAAAGAGAACAGUGAAGCAACUGAACCAAGAAACGGACGUUUUCUGUUUGAUUUUUGCGUCGUGAUUUUUUUAUUGUUUUUAAAAUAAUAUUGACGUCACAACGUC